AUGACUGCAGGGUUGUGUAUGUGUGUUCUGCUGGUGGUCCUGUGCACUAGCUGUUCGGGACGCCCCCACUUCUCUCCCCCCCUCCAAGAGGGCAGCCCUGCCCUGCCCCCUCCCUCUGAAGGACGUCUCGAAACUAAAGCCCGCUUCCUCUCCGAGCCAUGCCUCAGACAUACUCACUCCUCUCCUUUGGUCAAUACCAACCCAUAUAUGGGAGAAGGCGGAGACUCCAGAGCCAAACUCAGUGAACUGUUGGCUAGACUCAUCUCCUCACAGAAAGGAUACCUAGCAGGGGACAAAUUCUGA